AUGGGCCACUACCUGUCGCAGUGGUCGGUCUCAUGGGGGUUGCCAGUGUUGACGCUGGUGUGGCUCUUGGUACUCCUGAACGGAUGUGAAGACUCCAACGACCUCUCCAUCAAGCGCAGACCCCAGAUCGGCAAAAUCGCAAGUCCACAGUGGCUGCUUCGUGAGAGCUUCAGGUCUGUCAUGGCGGAAGCCUGGCAGUACAUCUACUCUGGCCAGUUGCUGAUCCUGUUCCUCCUGGCGCAGAUGGCACCCAUUUUCUUCGAGGUUUGGAUGGAGGCGGGCAUCGUGACCUCGACGGUGCGUUUGGUGAAGCAAGUGCUGACGUUGUCGCCGAUCAUGUUUAUCUUCCAAGCGAAGGUCAUCGGCUUCUACACGAUGAACGAGCUGAAGUUUGGCGGUGCCACCUAUGCAUGGCGUGACUCCGAAGCGUUGUCGGCUCAGCUCGGGGUCCCAUCCGCCAUGGAGAGCCGGAAGUCUAUGCGGCUCAGGUCUGCCGGGCGAGUGCUGCUCCUCGGUGGGGUGGCAGGACUGGCACCUGGGCUCCUUGGACGGCGAGAGUUACGGUCUUUGCACUUCUUUGUGCCGAAAGAGCUCAGGUUUGCCGCAGGCGUCACUCGUGUCGCCCGGCCCAGUGCAUCCACCGCUUCGACCGCGUCCACGGGAAGUGCGGGAAGUGCGAAUGCGCACGGCCCAGCCACGUCCACCUCGGCGCUGGCCGGUGUGGCCAUUUCAGCGGCCUCGUUCACAUGGAGACGUCCACGGGUCAUGCGGCGAGCGGAAGAGCAGAAAGGAGUGGUGCAGCAGUUGCUGGGCAUGAAAGGUGCUGGCGAAACUGAUGAUACGCCUUUAUGGAAGAGCCUUGGAACUGAGGCGUCUCCGGAAGACUAUGCGAAGUUUUUCACCUGCGUGAUGCUCUCGGGACCGGUGCUGGUCGGCUACACGCAGACACUGAACGAUUGGUACGACAAGGAUCUGGAUGCCAUCAAUGAGCCCUACCGGCCGAUUCCCUCCGGCCGCAUCACAGAGGAAGAAGUCUGGCAGCAGAUCUAUGUCCUUGGCGGCUUAGGCCUCGGCAUGGCUUUGGCACUGGACAUUUGGCAGGGCCACUGGCCACCCACAGUCUUUGCAGUUGCAGUCGUGGGUGUCUUCAUGGCCUACAUUUACUCUGCGCCACCGCUCAAGCUCAAGCAGAAUUGGAUCACUGGUUGCUAUGCUUUGGGCUCCAGCUAUAUCGCUUUGCCGUGGUUGGCUGGUCAGUGCACCUUUGGCCAGGUCACUCCAGAGAUCAUUGCACUAACACUGUGGUACUCCGUGGCCGCUGUGGGCAUUGCGAUUGUCAACGACUUCAAAAGUGUUGAAGGAGAUCGAAAGCUGGGCUUGUCAUCAGCGCCUGUGGUCUUCGGGAUUGACACCGCCAAGUACAUGGCACCCGUGAUCAAAGACACGGUGCAGUUAACCAUAGUGGCAUAUUUGCUUUACAUCGGAGAGUGGCCCUAUGCACUUGGGCUAUUUUGUUUGAUCCUUCCACAGGUCUAUUUCGCGAAGACAUUGUUCAUCGAGGAUCCGAUCCAGAAUGAUGUAAAGUAUCAGGGUUCCUCCUUACCGUUCUUCAGCAUCGGAACCAUUGUGGCCGCAUCGGCCAUUGGCAACAACCCUUUACACUGA